GUGGUUUAAGAGGAAGCUCGGCCUGGGGCACUAUACCCUGUCAUCCAGUUCCCUGCCUCGGAGAUAAAGAUUCCAGCUACAUGGGCAAACGCCUGGAUCAGCCACAAAUGUACCCCCAGUACACUUACUACUAUCCUCAUUAUCUCCAAACCAAGCAGUCCUAUGCACCAGCUCCCCACCCCAUGGCUCCGCCCAGCCCCAGCACAAACAGCAGCAGCAACCACAGCAGCAACAACAGUGGCGGGGAACAGCUGAGUAAAACCAACCUGUACAUUCGAGGCCUUCCACCAGGCACCACUGACCAGGACCUGAUCAAGCUGUGCCAACCGUAUGGAAAAAUUGUAUCCACAAAGGCAAUUCUUGACAAAAACACAAAUCAGUGCAAAGGUUAUGGGUUUGUAGAUUUUGACAGUCCUGCAGCUGCACAGAAAGCGGUAGCAUCUCUCAAGGCAAAUGGUGUACAGGCUCAAAUGGCCAAGCAACAAGAGCAAGACCCAACAAACUUAUACAUCUCAAAUCUCCCCAUUUCUAUGGAUGAGCAGGAACUUGAGAAUAUGCUGAAACCCUUCGGACAUGUCAUUUCCACAAGAAUACUAAGAGACGCUAAUGGAGUCAGCAGAGGUGUUGGCUUUGCCAGAAUGGAGUCUACUGAAAAAUGUGAAGUGGUAAUUCAACAUUUUAAUGGAAAAUAUCUGAAAACACCACCAGGCAUCCCAGCCCCCAGUGAGCCUUUACUGUGCAAAUUCGCUGAUGGAGGACAAAAGAAGAGACAGAAUCAAAGCAAAUACACCCAGAAUGGGAGGCCUUGGCCCAGGGAAGGAGAGGCUGGCAUGGCUCUGACCUAUGAUCCCACAGCCGCCAUACAGAAUGGAUUUUAUUCUUCACCGUACAGUCUUGCAACCAACCGCAUGAUUCCACAGACAUCCAUCACGCCAUUCAUUGCUGCCUCCCCUGUCUCCACAUACCAGGUCCAGAGUACUUCAUGGAUGCCUCAUCCGCCAUACGUUAUGCAACCAACAGGUGCUGUGAUUACACCAACAAUGGACCACCCUAUGUCAAUGCAGCCAGCAAACAUGAUGGGCCCCCUGACACAGCAGAUGAAUCACCUUUCAUUGGGUACAACAGGAACGAUUCAAUCCCAAGACAGGAUUAUGAUACUCCACCAGCUGUUGUGUCAGUAUAUGACUGCUGCCGCUCCUAUGCAAGGGACCUACAUUCCCCAGUACACGCCUGUGCCUCCGACAGCUGUUUCUAUUGAAGGUGUUGUUACUGAUACCUCUCCCCAGACAGUGGCACCUUCAUCCCAGGACACCAGUGGUCAGCAGCAACAGAUAGCAGUGGACACAUCCAGCGAACACGCAUCUGCAUAUUCUUACCAACAGUCCAAGUAA